CAAGCUGAAGAGUCGCAUUUUGCGUCGCGGCAAGCAUCGUCAUGUCGCCUGCUUCGGAGAGCACGGAGUUCGAGUCUUGCGCGUCUUGCGCCAGCGUGGCGGAGACAAUGGCCGAGACGGUGGCUGAAACGGUGGAGACGGCGGAUACCAUCACCGCCAUCACGCCACAGGAGUCUUUCGACGAGGCGUAUGAAGAGCUGGAACAGCUCGGACGAGGUGAGUUUGGUAUCGUGCGGCGUGCCUUUCACCGCAAGACUGGGAGACAGGUGGCUGUCAAACAUAUGCCAAAGACGACAAAGAGCAGAGAAGAAUUGGCCAAUUUAUCUCAACUCACUGGCCAUGAAAACGUUGCGAAGUUGUUGAACCACUAUGAGACGGAAAAGGAGCUCCUGUUGGUUUUGGAGCUCUGUGACGAAGGUUCCUUGAGCGACUUCCUGGUGAAGCAUCUCAAGGGUCGGCGUCUUGGUGACGAAGAAUGUGCUCUGCUGAUGAAGCAACUUCUUUCAGCUGUGAAGCACUGCCAUGACUCCGGUUUGGUUCACAACGACCUCAAGUUCGACAACAUCAUGUUGGCAUCGAGUGCUGCUCUUCCGAAGCUUAAAUUGAUCGACUUUGGCAAUGCCCAGUCCUCCACCAAAAAAGCACCAGUAGAUGACAUGUGGUUCGUGGGCAUCAUCUUCUACCAGCUGACCACUGGUCAACCAUUUUUUCAGAUGGAUAGCGACGAGUUGGAAUCGAUGGAUGAGCAGGGAGUUUUUGUCGACCCUGGAUCGAUGCAGUGUGAUGCUUUCUAUGUCCAGCUUCGCCUUUCCAUCGCGAAGCGAUUUGGCAACAGCAUCACCCUAGACCUUCUGUCCAAGAUGCUGCAGACCAACCGAAACGUUCGUAUUACGGCAACUGAUGCCUUGGACCACCCAUUCCUUUUGCGCCUUCAGGAGCGCUUCGAGAAAGGCGACGAGCGCAAAGGAAGUUUGGAAAGUCUCGGAAACGUGUCCACCGCACCAACUUUGGCCAACUGAGCCAAGGUGUGACAUGUUGUGCUCUGAAUCUUUUGACUUAGCAGGUUUGCCUUCUGCCAGGAACCCGUGGACAGUGGAAAGAUGUG